UGUUCGUGCUUCAAUGUAUAGUUCAGUCCAAUUACCUGAUGGAGUACCACCAUUUAUACAUAUCAAUCAAAACGAUUUCUUAGGCCGAAAAACUAAAAAAGUAAAAGAAGAGGACCUAGCUAUUUGCAUAUGCAAGUAUGAAACCAGUGAUCCUGAAAGUGCAUGUGGCGAAGGGUGCUUGAAUGUAUUAACCAGCACUGAAUGCACACCCGGAUUCUGCCCGUGUGGCAAUUAUUGCAAGAAUCAGAGGUUUCAGAAAUGUGAAUAUGCUAAAACAAAGCUGUUCAAAACUGAUGGUCGUGGGUGGGGACUUCAUGCUGAUGAGUAUAUAAAGGACGGACAAUUUAUAAUUGAGUACUGUGGAGAAGUAAUAUCAUCAGAAAAAGCAAGGAGAAGGUCUCAAACAUAUGAAACCCAGGGCCUUAAGGAUGCAUAUAUAAUCUCUCUGAAUGCAAAUUACUUCAUCGAUGCCACAAGGAAGGGAAGCUUGGCGAGGUUUAUUAAUCAUUCAUGCCUUCCAAAUUGUGAAACAAGGAAGUGGACAGUUUUAGGAGAAACAAGGGUUGGCAUUUUCGCAAAGCAAGAUAUUUCUCAUGGAGUUGAGCUCACAUAUAACUACAACUUCGAGUGGUAUGGUGGUGCUACUGUUCGCUGCCUCUGUGGAGCACCAAAGUGUUCAAUUUUUCUUGGUGGAAAGUCUCAUGGUUUCCAGGAACAUAACCAUUUAUGGGAAGAGGGAGAUGACAGAUACCCAGUUGAUGAAAUCCCCCUUUAUGACUCUGGAGAGGAUGAAACUUUAAUCAAGAAAGCCAGAAUUCAAUCUUCUUGUGAACCUGAACGAAUGGACAAUGGAAGAAUUGUCUACUCUGCUAUGAUGAGUGUUAAAGAGGAAUGUGAAAAUUUCUCAGAACCAGGUAUUUCCUCGGAAGCCGCACAUCAUUCAGUUCCGAUGGACUCUGUACUGGGGAGACCAGUAAAUGCUGAAGUCGGUGAAGGCCUUUAUACUCACGAUUUGCAAGAUGGCUUUCACAAACAGAAUGCGUUUAUACCUCGUCGGAAUUACAGUGCUGGAGUUGGUCUGUUAAAGAACAAAGUGAACCAUUCCCCCAAACAAAAGACCAAGACUUCUGGACGAACGCAAGUAACAUUCGAAAACGUCGCUAAACUGUUUCCAUCAAAGGAAUCAAGGGAAGAAAUUAUGAGAUAUGAGGAGAUGAGAAAUCAGGGCAAUUCAGCACUCAGUUCCCUAUAUGAUGAAAUUCGCCCCACCAUUGAAGAACAUGAACGGGAUAGCCUGGACAGUAUGCCAACCAGUGUUGCUGAGAAGUGGAUCGGAGCAUCAUGCUUUAAAACGAAAACUGAUUUUGAUUUCUAUUUCUCUGUGGUUAAGAAUGUGUUGUGCCCACCACAGACAAACAAUGUUGAGGUGAAGCACUCCAUUGAGGAUGGAAGUUUUCAAACAAAAGUCGAUGAUGAUAGACCACAUGAAGUGGAGAUGUUGACAAAUUAGUCAGCCUCGUGAUGUAAUUGCCAAGAGUGCUUUUUUUGUUGUAAUGGACCCCAAAUUGCUGUACCUCUAACCGUGUAUUUAUUUAUUUGUUCAUGUCAAAAUACAAAAUUUAUAAGCUUGUUAUGCCGAUCCUUUUUUGGCGAUAUCCGACUUCCCUUUGUGAUUUGAGUGAUGAACACUGCUGUCUCGUAUAGAGUAUAUACGGAGUAUUUUAUUUAUUACUAAUUUUUGGUUUUGUCCAGUAGAUUCACUGCAUGUUUUGUUUCAUGAGUUCAUUUGCUAAUUGCUACC